CUCCCUCUGUGAUGAUUAAAAAAGAUCCCAUUGCUAAUUCCUUCAUCACUGGGAAAAACAGGAGAGAACUCCAAAGAUGUUUGCAUCUCUCCCUCAUUUGAGAGCUAGUAGAAGUUUGGAUAAGCAGACAUGGUAGCUGGUGUCCCCUUCAAUUGUCCACUUCCAUCCUUUUGAACUCUUGGUUCCCACAAAAGAAGCUAUCCUCCAGAAGCCAGCCUCUUGGGAAUUUCCUUUUGUUUCUUCAAGAUUAACCAGUUCUGCCUUGGCAGCAGGAGCAGUCGACUACGGGAGGAGAGGCUCUUAUGGGGUUUCAGCAUUUUUCCAAGGAGGCUUUGUCUCCCCCAGUUCCUCAGUGGUAGCGAAGCUGGUUUCCUGUAACGUCUUCCUCUUUUUCUGGUGAGAGAUGCUGUUAGCCAUCUAGCAGCUUCCUGUACUGUAGGUCAACUGUUGUGGCCUGGUGAAAAGAAAUCUGGUGCAAUAAUGUUCGGCAGUAAAAAGAAAUCGCUUGAAGUGGAACGGAUAGUGAAAGCCAAUGACCGUGAAUAUAACGAAAGGUUCCAGUAUGCGGAUAAUCGUAUCCACACAUCCAAGUACAACAUUCUCACCUUCUUGCCAAUUAAUUUAUUUGAACAGUUCCAAAGAGUGGCAAAUGCCUAUUUCCUUUUCCUUCUGAUUUUACAGCUGAUUCCAGAAAUCUCCUCCUUGACCUGGUUUACCACCAUUGUGCCUUUGGUUUUGGUGAUAACCAUGACAGCUGUCAAAGAUGCCACAGAUGACUAUUUUCGCCACAAGAGUGACAAUCAAGUGAAUAACCGACAGUCUGAAGUCCUCCUCGACAGCAAACUACAGAAUGAAAAAUGGAUGAAUGUGAGAGCGGGAGACAUCAUUAAACUAGAAAAUAACCAAUUUGUUGCUGCCGAUUUGCUUCUUCUAUCAAGUAGUGAGCCACAUGGUCUCUGUUAUGUUGAAACUGCUGAGCUUGAUGGGGAAACGAACCUAAAAGUUCGCCAAGCACUAUCAGUUACCUCAGAACUCGGAGCUGACGUUAGCAGGCUUGCAAAGUUUGAUGGGAUUGUUGACUGUGAGGCGCCUAAUAAUAAAUUAGAUAAAUUCACGGGAGUCCUCUCUUGGAAAGACAGCAAGUACUCCCUCAACAAUGAGAAGAUAAUCCUGAGAGGCUGUGUGCUGAGAAACACCAGCUGGUGUUUUGGAAUGGUAAUUUUUGCAGGUCCUGACACUAAACUAAUGCAGAACAGUGGUAAAACUAAGUUUAAAAGGACAAGCAUUGAUAGACUGAUGAAUAUUCUUGUGCUCUGGAUUUUUGGGUUUCUGGUAUGCUUGGGAAUUAUUCUUGCAAUAGGAAAUUCAAUCUGGGAGCAUCAAGUUGGGGACCAAUUCAGAACUUUCCUCUUUUGGAAUGAAGAAAAGAAAAACUCUGUGUUCUCAGGAUUUUUAACAUUCUGGUCAUAUAUUAUUAUUCUCAAUACAGUUGUACCCAUUUCAUUGUAUGUGAGUGUGGAAGUAAUUCGCCUGGGACACAGUUAUUUUAUAAACUGGGAUCGGAAGAUGUAUUACUCUGGGAAUGCAACACCUGCUGAAGUUCGAACGACGACACUCAAUGAGGAACUCGGCCAGAUUGAAUACGUUUUCUCUGACAAAACGGGCACAUUGACACAAAACAUAAUGACUUUUAAAAAAUGUUCCAUUAAUGGAAGGAUCUAUGGUGAAGUGCAUGCUGACCUGAGUCAGAAGACAGAAAUGAUUAAGAAAAAGGAGGCUGUGACUUUCGCUGUCAACCAUGCAGAUAGCAAAUUUCAGUUCUUUGACCACAACCUGAUUGAAUCCAUUAAACUGGGUGAUCCCAAAGUGCAUGAAUUCCUUAGGUUACUUGCUCUCUGCCAUACUGUGAUGUCGGAGGAGAAUAGUGCAGGACAGCUGAUUUACCAAGUUCAAUCACCUGAUGAAGGGGCUCUAGUGACUGCUGCAAGAAAUUUGGGGUUCAUUUUUAAGUCUCGGACCCCAGAAACUAUAACAAUAGAGGAAUUGGGAACACUUGUUACUUACCAAUUGCUUGCCUUUUUGGAUUUUAACAACGUCAGGAAAAGGAUGUCUGUCAUAGUUCGAAACCCAGAAGGGCAGAUAAAGCUUUAUUCCAAAGGAGCAGAUACUAUUCUAUUUGAAAGACUUCAUCCUUCCAAUGAAGACCUUCUGUCUUUGACGUCAGACCAUCUCAGUGAAUUUGCAGGGGAAGGCCUCCGAACUUUGGCUAUUGCGUACAGAGAUCUGGAUGACAUGUACUUUAAAGAGUGGUAUAAAAUGCUUGAAGAUGCAAAUAUUGCCACAGAUGAGAGGGAUGAACGGAUAGCUGGGCUCUAUGAAGAAAUUGAAAGAGAUUUGAUGCUACUAGGUGCCACUGCUGUAGAAGAUGAAUUACAAGAGGGUGUUAUCGAAACAAUUACAAAUUUAUCACUAGCCAAUAUUAAGAUCUGGGUCCUAACAGGAGACAAACAAGAAACUGCCAUCAACAUUGGAUAUGCCUGCAACAUGCUGACUGAUGAUAUGAACGAAGUGUUUGUUAUAGCAGGAAACACAGCAGUGGAAGUCCAAGAAGAACUCAGGAAAGCAAAGGAAAAUUUGUUUGGACAAAGCAGAAGUGUUUCCAACGGCCAUGUAGUUUGUGAAAAAAAGCAGCAGCUGGAGCUGCACUCAAUCGAAGAAGAAACUGUAACAGGAGAUUAUGCCUUAGUCAUAAAUGGCCACAGUUUGGCCUAUGCCCUAGAAAGCGAUGCCAAGAAUGAUCUCCUAGAACUUGCCUGCAUGUGUAAGACUGUGGUUUGCUGCCGAGUCACCCCACUCCAGAAAGCCCAAGUCGUAGAACUGGUGAAACAGCACAGAAAUGCUGUCACUUUGGCCAUCGGCGAUGGAGCCAAUGACGUCAGCAUGAUCAAAAGUGCUCACAUCGGCGUUGGCAUCAGUGGCCAGGAAGGGCUGCAGGCCGUCUUAGCCAGCGACUAUUCAUUCGCGCAGUUUCGAUACCUCCAGAGGCUACUCCUUGUUCACGGGCGGUGGUCCUAUUUCCGAAUGUGCAAAUUCUUAUGCUAUUUCUUCUACAAGAAUUUUGCAUUCACACUCGUGCAUUUCUGGUUUGGUUUCUUCUGUGGUUUCUCAGCCCAGACUGUUUAUGACCCAUGGUUCAUCACCCUUUUCAACAUUGUCUACACAUCACUGCCUGUUUUAGCCAUGGGGGUUUUUGACCAGGACGUAAGUGAACAGAGCAGCCUGGACUACCCCCACCUCUACGAACCUGGACAGCUGAAUCUACUCUUCAACAAGCGUAAAUUUUUCAUCUGCGUGGCUCAUGGAGUCUACACCUCAUUAGCUCUUUUCUUCAUUCCCUAUGGGACCUUCUACGAUGUGGCUGGGGAAGAUGGGCAGCACAUUGCCGACUACCAGUCCUUUGCAGUGACCAUGGCCACAUCGUUGGUCAUUGUGGUCAGCGUGCAGAUAGCCUUGGAUACUAGUUACUGGACUGUCAUUAACCACAUCUUCAUCUGGGGAAGCAUUGCCACUUAUUUCUCCAUUUUAUUUGCAAUGCACAGUAAAGGCAUCUUUGGCAUCUUCCCAAACCAGUUUCCAUUUGUUGGAAAUGCACGACAUUCCUUAAAUGAGAAGUUAACCUGGCUUGUUGUUCUCUUAACAACCGUGGCUUCAGUUAUGCCAGUGGUGGCAUUCAGGUUUUUGAAAGUGGAUUUAUACCCAACCUUGAGUGACCAGAUCCGCAGGUGGCAGAAGGCUCAAAAGAAGGCAAGGCCUCCAAGAAGUCGAAGGCCUCAGGCCCGCAGAUCAAGCUCAAGAAGAUCUGGAUAUGCUUUUGCUCACCAGGAGGGCUAUGGGGAGCUUAUCACAUCUGGAAAAAAUAUGCGAGCUAAAAAUCCACCCCCAUCGUCAGGGUUGGAAAAGACACUGUAUAAUAGCCCCAGCUGGAUUGAAAAUUUAUAUAAGAAAACCACAGAUACAGUGAACAGCUUUAGCCAGGAUAAAACAGUGAAACUAUGAGUCAAAAUGAAUUUGAACCACAUAGUUAUCUUUUCACUUCAGCUGGAGCUGAAAUUCAGCUGGCUCCAGAGGUUGGGAUCAGGGGGUAGGAGUGGGGCAGGUUGCCUCAUUUCACUUAAAUCUGUGGCGGGCAGCUGCCAGUGCUCUGCAAGAAGUGAUGUUCUCCACGGAGACCAGGCCAGAUGGUCACUAUCUAGUUCUUGAUUUGAUGGGCAAAACCCUCAGUUCAAGCACCAUACAAUAACAAUUGACUUUAAACUUUAGAAACUCAUUUAAUGGAGAAAAAUUUGUACAUCCGCUCGUUUCAAGUGGCUCUUCAGAUGGAUAGAAGAGUACAUUCCAAAGGCUAUAUGUCCCAGCUGAAAAACAUGCUUGUUGACAGAUGAGCAUGUGUAUAUGUAAGAACAGCCCUUUCCAAGAAACGCUUUCAGGAUUUAAAAUGUGCACCAAGGUGCCUUCCAACUAAGGGCAGCUUGUCCCUCUCCAGUCUUAAUGUCUACCUAGCUGUUCAGUCAGGACAGCAAAUCCCUGCCUGGAGAAUAGAAACACAUGUUGGUGUUCCCCAUUUUUCUAUCAGUAGAUGCCAAGGGAAAGAGUAAACUGAACAUCUUUAAAGUAAUGAAGGCUGGUAAUUUGAUUGAAUUUAUUGAAAAAGCUCUAAAACUAUCAUUUAUGGAUGUGCUUAUGAAAUCAAAGAAAGGCUCUCUAAUAAUUAUUCUAAAUAUUUUAAUGAUUUUUGUACCACUGUCAGUAGAACUUCCUGUGUCAUCCAGAACCAUUAAUAGAAUCAGCAAAGCAUUGGAAUUUUAUACAUUAAUGAUAGUAUUCCACAUAGUCUAUGGUCAAAGACUUUUGACAUUUCCAAUUUUAGAAAGUUAAGGUUUGAAACCAAACAAUUAAUAAAUUAUCUCUUUAAUUACUAUUUAAAUACUCAGAUUUGGGUAAUUUACAGUUAGUUGCUUUUGAAAGCCAGCUCUCAGGUUUAUAAUUCAAACAUAUAAACAUGUAGAUGAGGUUAAUUUUUUGGAGAUGUCCCAACCCAAAUUUUAAGUCCACAUGUGAAUCACUAUUAUGUUUCCUGUAAAGGGAUUCAGGCAAAUUGUGCUCCAGUCCCAAGCUCUGUCAGUUAACCUCUGUAACCUUGGAUAAGUGAUGCACCUUCUCUGCGUCUCAGUUUCUUCCUCGGUAAAAGGAUAUACUGUCUGCCUCAUAUGGUUGUUUGAGGACUGUCAAAGCAAAAAUUCUGAAAUUGUUAAAAAUGUAAUUCUCAUAUGAAUAGAUGAGUUAAGUUUCAUUUAACUCAUCCUCAAAAUAACAGAGCAAUUUGAAGAGAAUCUAAAGAACUAGAAUUUAAGAAAUCAGUGGGGAAGGCCAUAAUGAAAUGAGAUUGCUAAGUAAGAUACAAAACUGGUUACUAUAACUUUUGAGGUAAAUUUUUUCACCAGAGACCAAAAAUUAAUCAACAGACCUUAUCAGUUUUUUACAAGUCAAUCCCUAACUUUGCAGGUUCCCAAUCUGGCUUCUAUUGAAUUAUUAGUCAAAGUUACAUUUCCCAAGAGAGUCAGAUGACCCUUGAGUGAGCUUGAUGGAUAAUAUACAAGAAUGAUAUUAAUAGGUCACAUAAUUGCCUUUUUUUGCUGUAUGGGAUAAUUUUUCCUGAAUAGAAUGAAACGAGAUGUGUGAAAGAGAUGUGUGCUUUAACCACAGUAAAUGAUCAUACGUGUUCCCUACUCCCCUAGAUAUCUGCCAAGACCAGCCCAGAUGAUAGUUUUCAAUGUCUAAGUUGUCAUUUGCUUCUCUAUGUUUGCUUGCUUUUUGUAACAUUUUUGAAAGAUUUGAAACUUUUAGUAAAUGUUUUGGCGUUA